AUGAUCAGCAUCCCGUUGGGGCUGCAGAUCUUCCUCCUUCUUGCCGUGGCUGUCAGUGUGUACGCCCUUGGUCACUGGUGCGUGGCCGCUUCCCGUAGCUGGAGGUGCCAUCAGCGAGCGGCAGCACUGCUGCGGCAGCAUCCAGCUGCUGGAUCGGUGGCCCUGGCAGAACUGUGCCUGGUCCAUGGCACGCCCUUCCUGUUGAUCUGCGGCGGAGAGCCGGAGCGCGAUCUUCUGGGUGCCCAGCUGGGAACAAAACUGGCCAGGCUGCCGCAUGGCCGCGUUGCUUUCUUCUCCAGUGGUCACUUCAAGCUGCACGAGGAUUUCCAGCGAAUGGAGGGAGUUCAGUGGGAGCUGCUGCAGCAGCUCUUGGUGUUGGAUCGUGACGCUUUGGACACUUUGUCCAACUUCACGAGUUUCUUGCGCCACCUCAGAAGAAAGGGCUGGCUGAAGCAGGAAGGUGGGUCUGCUUCGGUGGACGUGGUGGUGCUCACCAGCGCCUACCACGCGCGGCGCGUCAGAGGCGUGGCUGCGCUGCUGCUGGGCUUCUAUGGCCUCUCCUUCCACGUGGCCGAAGUGGAGCUGCCCACAGGCACCGCCCCCCAGUCCGAGAGUCUCUGGCGCUGUAUCCGCGAUGUGCUGCGGGCGGCCUUGUGGUUGGUCAGUGGCUUUGAAGGCGACGUAUUGGCUGGAUGGAUGCACCAAGAUCGCCGGGACUUCCGCCGUUGGUACCGCAGCAAGCGUGGGUGA